AUGAUUUAUUUCGAGCCAGCUUUCAACAUGCGCUCGCUUCCAGUGAAUAUUUUGCGCACUUUCACAAGAUUUCCGUCCAAAAACUCACUAGGUCGUCAACCUACGUUAUACCCCUUAUCAGUGAACAGACCAUUCAGUCAGACAUCAACCAUGUUCAAAGUUGGCGACGAUUUCCAGAAAAUCCAGGCCUCCCGGCCGGCGUUCAAGCGCGACACCGAAGUCACCUUCACCCAGCCCCCGAACCCCGACUGGAAGACAGCAGACGGCGCCAACGAUGGUGGGGAGAGCCUUAAGAAGAACCACGUGGAGAUUGACCCCCACGAAGAGGGACGGCCGGUAGCAUCCAACUACAAGCUCCUGAUCUCGGGAAUCGUCCCCAGACCAAUCGCCCUUAUCAGCACCAAGUCCAAGGAUGGACAGACGACGAACCUUGCGCCGUUCAGUUAUGCUCAGGUCAUUAACCAUGACCCGCCGCUUUUCAUUGUGGGAUUCGUGGGGUCGUUGGAUAAGGCGAAGGAUACGCUUAAAAACCUGGCGGAGACGGAUGAGUGUGUGAUCAACAUUAUCUCCGAGCACUUUGUUGAAGCUGCCAACGCGACAGCUAUUAACGCUCCGUAUGGUGUGUCUGAGUGGGAGACUUCUGGUCUGCACCAGGCGCCGUGCAGCGUCGUCAAGGCCGCCCGUGUGAAGGAGUCGAUCUUGUCCAUUGAGGCUAAGCUGGUUAGAACCGAGGAGUUCGAGAGCCGCACCACGCCCGGUAAGAAGACGGGCGUACUUGCUGUUGUUGAGGGUGUCCGCUUCUGGGCGCGGGAGGAUGCUAUUAACGAGGAGAAGAGCAUUAUCGACUUGAAGGUCUUGAAGCCGAUUAGUCGUCUGGGUGGUAUUUCUUACGGGCGGACUUCGGAAGCCAUGGAGCUUCCCCGCCCCAACUUUUAG